CUUAGAGAAAGAGUAGAUAAUAAAUAGACAACAUGGUUUAUUACUGUGUUUGUGACGGGUGCAAGAACUCCAGCAGAACUGGACAUAGGGUCCAUUGUUUCCCCAAGGACAAAGGGAUCUUCCGAAGCUGGGUGCAAUUUGUCAAGAUUAGGCGGGCAGAUUUUUCAGCUAGCUCUGUCACCGCCUACUCGAGAAUAUGCAGCGCGCAUUUCAAGGAGGAGGAUUACCACUCAGGGGAUGCCAAGAUGGUCGCACUUUCUUUAAAAAGUACGAGGAUGGCUAAGUUAAUUCCUACAGCCGUGCCGUCUGUGAAUGCAAACCUCUCUGCUUGUCCUGUCCCGAGGUCGAGAGACACCGUCUGCCGCAAGCGAUAUAUUGCCACGAUGAUGACAGAUACCUCACAGCAGGAGACCGUGGACAGUGUAGACACUGUGGAGAGUGUCGAUACUGGGGAUCAGCCCUUGCCCUCCUCCACUUCUGAUGCUGUGACACAGUGUUAUUUGAAGCCCCCCCGAUGGUCUCGCGCUGUGCAGGUUAACCUGAAGCCCAAGAUGGUCAGCGUGGGCACACAGACGUCUUUCAGCCCACAAACCUCCACUCCCCUCGCUAGUCCUGAACAGACAGAUGAUGAAGAUGAUGAUAAUGCCUCUGUCGUUAGUGACUUAUCGUGGGUGCCCGAAGAGCCGAUGCAUGAGGAGGACUUGUUUGAGGAGGAGCCACCUUACGCGUGUGACCCCCACCACAAUGGCAUUGACAAAUUCAUUGUUUGCCAAGAGGAGCUGAUGGACCUUUUUGCCAUCUGUCCGGCCUGUUGUGAGAGGUCAGAUAGUAGCAUCGUGCAGCAGGAAGGAACUUUUGUUAAGAUCAAGCAGGUCUGUGCAUCAUGUGGCUACCACCGUUUCUGGCAAAACCAACCAAUGCUCCACAGGAACAUGCCGACCUGCAACCUCCUGUUAAGUGGGGCCAUUCAUUUCACUGGAUGUUUGGCCACCCAGACAUUAAGAAUGUUGACUCUGUUUGGCCUGCAGUGCAUCAGUGCGAGCAGUUUCUUUCGCCAUCAGCGCCGCUACACUAUCCCUGUAAUCGUUCAGGCCUGGCAAAACGAUCAAGCAAAGAAUUUUAGUGACCUACGGGCAAUGGAUGGUGGGCUAGUUCUUGCUGGUGACUGCAGGUCAGAUUCUCCUGGGCACUGCGCGAAGUAUGGAUCCUACUCUCUGAUAGAGGACAGAGUGAACAAGGUGGUGGAUGUUCAGCUUGUUCAGAGCUCAGAGGUCCCCAACAGCUCAUGGUGUGAGCUUGAAUUGCUCAAGCGCAGUGUUGACCUGCUGAGGGGAAAGGACCUGCAUUUGGCAACGCUGAUCACGGACCGUCAUCGCCAGGUUGCCAAAUGGGUGAGAGAGGAGCUGAGCCCUGAAGGGACACGGCAUUAUUUUGAUGUGUGGCACAUUGCCAAAAGUCUGGGGAAGGCAUUGGAUGCAGCUUCAAAAGAGUGUGACCAACUACAGUUGUGGAGGCCUGCUAUAGUGAAUCACCUCUAUUGGACUGCAGCCUCAACCCCAGAUGGCAACCCAGCGGUCAUGGAGGCCAAACGGAGAAGUUUAGUCAACCACAUCCAGGACAUUCAUGACCAUGACACCCCUGCCUUCUCCAGUUGUGCCCAUGGCCCUCUAGACGGGGAUCAGCGCAACAAAGAGUGGUUGGACCCAGGCUCAUUGGCAGCAGUAAAGUUGGAGAACAUAAUCAUGAGGACUGCCUUACUGAAAGAUGUUCGACAGCUGUCUCCACAGCACCAGACCUUCUCCCUUGAGGCUUACCACUCCCUCAUCUUGCACUUCGCGCCCAAGCACACAGGGUUUUCAUACCUUGGGAUGUAUAGCAGGCUUCUCUUAGCGGCACUGCAUUAUAAUCACAAUGCCAACCGCGAGACAGCACGGAGAAGUGAUGGGACGGAGAAGUACUGCGUGCGGUAUCCGCGCUUCAGAAAAGAUGCCCAUGUGGUGCUUCCCAUCAAAGAGGCAGCCUCAUACGGUAAGCAGUGUCAUGCAGUUCUAUCAUAUUUUGAGAUGGUGCACGAGACAUCUGUGAUCAGUGGCAAUGAUCUUUAUACAGUUUUAUUAUUAUUAUGUCUGCAGGUUAUGCAACAUCAUUAAUAAAGGCCCUUCGGGAAAGCUACACCAAUUCACCUUCAGCUCUUCGAGAGGUUAGCGACAAUUUGUCCUCCGAUGCACCCGCCCCCAUCGCCAAAUCCUUCGAACAGGUUCCUAAGGAGGAGGCCGUCAGCCUUUACCUAGCCCGGCAGUCACGUUACAAAAAAAACUAAUUUCACAUUAUUAUUUUUUUUUCCACAGACAAGUCCAAUGAUUUAGUUGUAAGUAUUUAUUUUAGUUGUUAGUUAUCUUCUUUCCCUCUGUCCCUGUCAUCUCAUUUGGUGGUGGUUUCCUGCAUGCUGCAUGGUUUGUUUCUUCUUUGUGUGCUGUUGCUUUGGUUUUACUUUGCACAAAAUUAUUACUUUUUUCCGUCUUUGUAAGUGGCAAUAAUUGUCGCUGUACCCCAUUCAAGGGGUCCUUCAUGCUGCAUGUCUGCUCCUCUGUCUGUUAUUUGCAUGAAAUUUGUUGUAUGUAAUUCAAAAUAAUUUACCAAUCAUUUUACCUGUGCCUUGUCAACCUCUGUGUGCGGCGUUGUCUGGGCUCACUGUGUGUCUGCUUGAUGUGCUUUUGCGUGUGUGUGUGU